AGCUCUCUCACACACAGCUCUCUCACUCACUCUCUCACACACUCUCUCACUUUUUCACUCAUCUCACUCUCCUCCAGCUCCUCUACAGCUCCUCUACAGAUACUCACAGCUGGAGCUCCUCUUCAAACCUGUAUCUGUUUAUUUCAGAAGGAAUAAUUAUACCAAACAGGUUCAUUUAAACAGUGUGGAGAUACACCAGAAGACUCUGCCAUGCUAAAAGCAAUAUAAUUACAUUUAUACUGUGCCCAACUGCCACGACCAAUGGAAGAACCACCAGCACCAGCACCAGCACCAGCCCCUCCACCUCCUCCACCCCCUCCUCCACCCCCUCCACCCCCUCCUCCACCCCCUGCUCCAGGCUCUGGUGGGAAGCUUCUCUCCAGGGAUUCCAGAAGAAGCUCCAGGAUGAGGAACUUUAACUGGGAGGCGAUCCCGCAGCACACUGUACUGGGAAAACAUAAUAUAUGGACGGUGAAGAAGAAGAAAGAGUAUGAGCUGGAUACUAAACGCAUGGAGGAACUGUUCAGCCGCGACGACCAAACCGACAGCAAGCGCCAGGCAUCUGUACGACGGAGCGUAAAAGGACCCCAGAGCAGGGGCCCCAAGACCCAGGGGCCCGAUGUGGUGUCUAUUCUCAACGCCAAGAAGAGCAUGAACGUCGCAAUUUUCCUGAAGCAGUUCAGGAGGUCAGUGAAAGAAAUUAUCGAGGAUAUUUGUCACGGCAGGAGUGCAGGAUUUGGAUCUGGGAAGCUGGAGGAGCUGAUUAAACUGCUGCCUGACACUGGAGAGGUAAAGGAGCUUCUUGCUUUUAAAGGAGACUCUGCAGCUCUCUCUGAAGCUGAUCAGUUCAUGGUGCAACUUGUGAAGGUUCCAUGUUAUGAGGAACGACUGAAGAGUUUAGUUCUCAAAGAGGAAUUUCCCCAUUUCAUGGAUGAGGUGAAUCACUGCAUUAUCAUCAUGACGGCUGCUGGGAAAGAGCUGCUGGACUGUCUGGAUCUUCACUCUGUAAUCCGUCUCGUGUUAAAAACAGGAAACUACAUGAAUGCUGAUGGCUACGCUGGCAGUGCUGUUGGGUUCCGGAUGACGUCCCUCCUGAAACUCGCUGACACAAAAGCCAACAAGCCAGGAAUGAACCUCAUGCAUUAUGUUGUGAUGCAAGCUCAGAAAAGCGACGCAGCUCUCCUGAAGUUUACUGAACAGCUCACACACAUCGGAGAAGCAGCCAGGAUCCACAAACAGGAAAUAGAAUUAGAUUUUCAGAGGAAAGUGAGUGCAGUCCAGGAGGCCCGGAGGAGCGCAGAGAAAGAGAACGACCUGGCCGAACAGAUGAAAGACUUUUUCCAGUUCGCUGAAUCCAGGAUAGAAGAAACCAAAUCUUCCUUCCAGACUCUGAAUGCAGUUACUGAAUCCGUAGCUGAAUAUUUCUGUGAGGAUCCCAGUGAGUUUAAACUGGACGAGUGCUGCUCCAUCUUCUACUCCUUCUGUGAACGAUUCAAACGAGCCGUUCAGGAGAACCUGGAACGUGAUCUGGCAGAAGUAAAGCGAAGACAGCGAGAGAAGCUUCAGUCCGCCGCCAAACGGCGCUCCACCGCCACCUGCUCCAUGAGGGACAAAGACAUGGAGGGCGUAGCUCUGGAGUCGGUUCUUCAGAGGUUCCUCACCAACCACGGUUCUAAUCGGAGAGCCAGGACACCCUCGCCCACAGGAAACAGCCUCUCUGAGAUCACAUCCCAGGAGAACUGCCCGGCCAAGGACGACUCCAGAAAGAUAAACUGGCCUACGAAUCUGUCUCAGGCUUCUGUGGAUAAAGAGAACAUGGAGGAAAUGGUGGAUACCACGCCCAAAAAAACAGAGAGUAAGAUUUCAAGUCCAUCCUGGAAGAAAAAGCCGGAAAAGGCUGGAUUCACGCCUCCAGGUAGCCGGGUAUUGUCAGUGUUGGUGGCGAGUGAAGACGAAGAAGGACACACUGAGGAAGAGGUUCAGAAACUGAGGGAGGUUUCUCAGAAGGUGCUACGCUACCAAUCAAGUCGAAGUAGCAUAUCUUCAGGAGAGUAUCUUUCCCCGGUCAAUUCUCCACGCAAACGGACGUUUCAGGAGGACACGGACAGGAUACUCUCUGCUUCAAACGUAGAGGAACCUCCAAAACCUCCUGUAAGUCCUUUAGUUUUGAUGCAGAAAAGCCCGACUAGCAUCAAUCGCCGUCAUACCAUCGCCCUACCGUCGAGAUCUUCACAUGCUGGGAGCGACAGCGAAGAAGACGUGGUCAUCCCCAACAACCCGGCCAAUGGAGACACUGGAGGUCAUGUCGUCUUUCUAGGAAACAUCGGAAAGAUGAAAUCUGUGGAUGGAUACUUUCAAAAACCUUCCAACAAAGCUUUACCACAACCGCAGAGGAAUGUUCCCGAAAAUACACCACCAGACUCUUCAAGAAACGAAUUAAAAGUUGUGAGCUCUUUAGUAGAGUCAAGAAACAAAGACGUUAAAGAAAAGACGAAAGAGGAGAGUUUAAAAGAACCUCAAAAACAAACGAAAGAAAGUUCCAGAUUUAUAUCCUUCUUCAGACGUUUGGCAGAAAGGGGCAAAACGAACAGCAGAGAAACGGAAUCGAGCAGUGUCGACCCCUGAAAUGUCCUUCUGAGAACGUUGAGAAUAAUGUUUAUGUGCAUUAAUGUUUCAUAAACGCUGCUUUCACACUGGCAGACGACAAGUCUCUUCCAUUGCCACAAGUUUGACGCAUGUGGGUGUGUAAAUUAGCUUCGCUGGCUAGCAUGCUGGCUAAUCUACCUAGCUAAGCUAAGCUAGGUACCUAGCUAGCUAAGCUACCUAUUGAACUAUCCACUGCUUUCAACAUGUUGGAGGUCCUCAAUUGCAUCGAAGUAGCAGUAAAGUAUUGACCCAAGACAGAAUGGCACUUAUAAUCAUACACACACAUUUACUCAUAAAUACCGGUUAUACCAUUUAAGACUAUUUUACCUGAUCUCCAUGUUUUUGGAGUUUGAAUAACUAGGAGAACAUAGAAACUACACCCAGAUAGGGAUGUGAACCGAGGACCUCAGAGCUCACAGUGAACUAGUGAACAUGCUAGUAGUUAAUGAGUGGUGGAUUGGUUGUUUUCUCGCCUGCCGGUGUGAAUGCAGAAUAAAGCACAUGGAAAGACCAUCUAUUGCAUGUAUUUUAUUAAGUUAUUACUUAAUGUUAUUGAUCUGUAAACACCCAACAGUGUUGACCCCUAUAAUGUCCUACUGAGAACAUUGAUGACUCCUUAUUCUGGGAAACUCCUUAUUCUGUUUCUCCAUGGCAAAUGGUAAAAUUGCACAUUUAAUGGUAAAAAUGUACAUAAAGCAAAUAAUGCAAUGAUUAUUAAGUUAUUUUUAAUGUUAUUGGCUGCAGUACAACAAUGUUCCACUGGGAUGUGCUGUUUCACAGAGGUGCCUUCAGGACAGAAUUAAUUCAAUACUUUGUAUGGCUCUGGAAUAAAUAUAAAAAUCUGUAUUA